AUGGUGGCACAACUCCCACAAUCCCCAACCAAACAACUUUUUGACCUCGACGUCGUUGUGGUAGACUCGAUAGAAGCUAUGGACUCUCACCUCACUACGUCACUCUAUAACAAUGUCUACAUCGUACAUCCACCCACUCCAUCUAUCCCACCAAACUACCCCAACGCCAUCAGCUACACCCAAUCACCAAUAAUUCCCAACUCGAACCUGUACCUUCUUUCUCCGUCCAACGCUGGCCCCAAUUCUCUCCCUGCAUCUCCCUAUCAUAACAAUGCCGCCUCCCCCGGGUUCAACCAACAACAACCACCCAUCGGCCAAAGCUCCUUCUGGCCUGCCUCGCCUUCCUACCACCCACUCCCACUCUACCCCUCCAUCCCAUCUCCUCCCUUCCAAAUCCAUCGACACCUAGACGGCGAAUACCCUCUCAUCUUCGACCUAUCCCUACCCACAUCCUCGCCAAUGGUGUGUGUGGGCCCAAACCACGCCAUCAUGCUCUCCGAUGAAGUCCUCAACCAACCCGCCACUGACCCGCCCAUCACGCAUCUACAAAUCAUAUGCGACCGCAUCCCGCAAUGGCCCAUCCACCUAGGUCAAGGAUACAACGCCCUAAGCCCAAACCUCGGCUCUCUGCCCCCUAUUAGGGUGGGCGAUAUCCUGGGGGCGAUAUGGCAGAACUUGCAUGUGCAGGUCUCGCUUGAAGAUUGGGUCAAGUUGAAUAUUGCGGAGGGGACGGAGGUGGCGAGGGCAUAUACGACGAGGUGUAGGAAUGCUGCGAGUUGCGGGAUGAUGGUUGACGCGGAGGGGGUGAAGAGGGUUGAUUUUUUGUUGAAGGAGAUUUGGUUUAAGGAGUUGGUGAGGAUUGGGGAGUCGUAUGACCAGAUGCUGUUGGUUGUUGCCUAG